AGAGAGAGAUGGGGAGGGCUCCUUGCUGUGACAAGGCAAAUGUGAAGAAGGGGCCAUGGUCACCAGAAGAAGACUCAAAGCUUAAGGAAUACAUAGAGAAAUAUGGAACUGGAGGGAAUUGGAUUGCACUCCCACAGAAAGCUGGUCUGAAGAGAUGUGGGAAAAGUUGCAGAUUGAGAUGGCUUAACUAUCUGAGGCCUAACAUCAAACAUGGGGAGUUCUCUGACGAGGAGGACAGAAUAAUCUGCACUCUAUUUGCAAGCAUUGGAAGCAGGUGGUCAAUUAUAGCUGCUCAGUUGCCAGGCAGGACUGACAAUGAUAUUAAGAAUUACUGGAACACGAAGCUCAAGAAGAAGCUCAUGGGGAUGAUGCUUCCUCCAUCUCAGAGAAAACCACCAGCAUUCCCCCAAUCCUCUCACCAAACGCCACCGUUUCAAUCCCAACAACUGUCAUCUUCACCCUACAAAGAAUGCAGCUCUUUCUCAGGCCUCCUCGAACUCGAACCCACCAAUAAUAAUAUUUCAGUCCCAUUGAGUUUUUCCAACUCCACCACUCCUUUUUUCCAGACCCAGGAGAGCUGGGUGAGCUCCAUGAAGUAUUAUCCUGUUAAAGAGAACCUCCUCAUGUUCGGAUGCGAAGGAAGCUGCAGCUCAUCUGAUAUUGGGAGCUGUACCCAGAUCAGCUAUGGCGGCAGAGACAUCAUCAAACAAGAGGAAAUGGGUUUCCAGAGCUUUAUCUCCCAUGGGUUGGAAGAAAAUCACAAGUUCAUGCUCAAUGGAGGUGAAAAAGUGAACCAAUUACAAAGCGCGUAUUUUGGAGAAAUCCCAUUAGAAUACGCCAUGGAAGAUGAUGAUGUUAAGCAGGUGAUUAGCACUAGUAAUAAUAACAUGAUCAGCAGCUUGUUCAAUCAUAUUGAUGAUAGCAAGACACAAGAGAAGGUCAUGUACCUGUACUGAAGAACUGAUGUCUGACUGUAAGUAAUAUCAGAAAGAUUUGAUGGGGUAAGGGCGUGGUGGUAGGGGAGAUUCAGAAAAGACUUUUGGAG